AUGACCGCUCCGCCCGGCUCGGUGAUGCUCGUUCCCGAGGCGGGCUUCUGCUUCAGGGGCGUCAGGAACAAGUGGACCGAGGCCGGGGGCAAGGUUUUCGUUAAUAUUUGCUCUCACCCGCGCAUCGAUCCCGUCUGCGGGGCGAACCUCGUUCCGGCUUCAGAGGAACACCUCGAUCUUUGGGGCCUUGGGAACAUGAGGGUGCCGGUGCUCGUAGGUCCUGUGAGGGGCAUGAAGGACGGGGAGGGGAGGGACGCAACCGCGGUUGACGUAUUGUUCCAUCCCGCGGUCGUGCAAAGGGCGCUUCAAGGAGGCAAGACGGUCACGAAGGAGCACUACAGAGACUAUCUGAUCCAGAUUGCGACGAAAAACAUUCACGAGGAUCACGGCAUAGACCUGGCCCCCGCGCGCACCGAGGUGCUACCGACGGCGCGGUACAAGGGACCCAAAGGGGAAAAUUCGGAGAACACACACGCGUUCCCGGUGUUUGCCUCCGAUGCGGGGCGCGGGGAGGAGCCUUCGGCAACCGCUACGAGGGAACCGGGCAACCCGAUAAUCCAAGAGACUGGCACGCGCGGCGGUGACCGGAGUAGGGACACAACCUCAGAUCGCAUUAGAAAGGGUCAAGCGGUCAGGAAGGGCUUUUUCUCAGCUUCAAAGUCCGCCGAGCUGUAUCCGGACGGAUCGUCGGAGGGCAUACCGAAGCCGGGCGAGCAGUACGAUCCACUUGGUCAUAUUCCUGAGAGCAUACGGACAAAGUGUCACGUGAUCGACACGGGUGCCAUUGGUACCGCAGACCUGGAUAGAGUGACGUCGCAGUACGCUAAGACGGGUAUACUGGACACGUCCACGGAGGGGGUAUACGCUAAGGGAACAGAUCCCGGGGGUAAGAGGCAAGUUGGGCUAGGUCAUCCGGGCGCGUUGAGGGAAGAGUCCAGUACUGGGAAGCCCACGGCGAGGAAGCCAGCUGCGAAACCGAAGAAGGAGACGCCCGAGCACGACAUACAGGAGACGAUGCUUGCAGGCGAGUCUGCGGUGGAGGUGAGGGUGAGGUUGCCGAGACUGACUGGAGGAAUGGCGUCGGUUAACCUCGACGUCGGGGAAGAGACAGUUUCUUUGUCCUCACCCGAAUACGACCUGAACUUGCAACUUCCGCACCUGGUAGACGUUGAGUCGGUUUCUGCAAAGUUUAGCACCAAGCGUGCGGAGCUCAAGGUCACGGCGAGGCGCGUAGAUUGA